UUUUCAAACUACUUUACCGCCGACAGAGAACAAGCUAGCUAGCUAGUUCAGAUCAGAUCAGGGCGAGUCGAACGACCGCUUUGCAUUCAUGAAAAAUCCAUGUACUGACUGACCACCAUCGCAAACCUCUACAAGGUGUUUCACCUGGCACAUAUGUGAGAGUCUCAUGCAGUCUUUUCAGCGUUGUUUGUUCGAUAACUUUGUUGACAGAAGUCAUGUCAACAAUCACAGCUAACGUUAGCUAAUUAAGUUGGCUAUCUAGCUAACCGGACCGUGGAUUUACUGCUGCAGCAACAAUGAGCACCAAUGCAGAGAGGAAGUUUAUCAACCUUCGGAAACGUCUGGAUCAACUGGGAUACAGACAGCCUUUGGGAAUCGAGACCCUGCCACUGGUGGAAAGAUUGUUCAGUGAUCUGGUCCACACCACAGAAAGUCUGCGCAAUGCCAAGCUCAAUGCAGGGAAGACUGAGAAAGAAAGCCGUAAUCUAGAUGCCCUCCUUGAGCCAUACAAGACGGAGAAUGCCCGGCUGGUCCGGGAGAACAACGAGCUGCACCUUGGACUCCUCAAACUUGGGGAGGAGAAAGAGCGAGUAAGCAGAGAGCUCAAAGCCUACAUCAGAAAGCUGGACCAUGAGACAUCAGACCUGAAGUUCCUUAACAACCAGUAUGUGCACAAGGUCCGCUCCCUGGAGAAGGACAGCAAGGCCAAGACGGAGCGCAUUCAGCAGCUGCAGGAGAAGAAUAUGCAGGCUGUGGUGCAGACACCAGGAGGGAAAAAGCACAGCAUUCCUUUCAGACGUCAGCGGAUGCAGAUUGAUGACCUUAUCCCGCCCUCCUCUGGCCCCACUCAACCUGUGGCGCAGCCUGAUGACCCGUACAUCGCAGAUCUUCUGCAGGUGGCUGAUGACAGGAUUCAGGAGCUGCAGCAGGAUGUAACCAAACUGAAAUUAGACCUUGAAAGAGCUCAGGGUGGUAUCAAACACCUGCACAUACAGGUUGAGGAGCGAGACAAAGAGAUUGAGCGUCUUAGUCGAGCACUUGAUGGAGGGCGUCCUUAUGAUGUCAUCUCCCUAGAGGCUCAGACCAUCAGCAAUGAGAAACUGAUUGCCCACCUUAACCUGCAGAUCGAGUACCUGCAGGAGACUAACAGGACUCUGGAGCAGAAGGUUCAGGGGCUGCAGCAGAGGAAGCAGGAUGCAUCCACUGAGGUGGCGGACCUCAGUGCCAAGAACCAGGAGUUGUGUCAGGAGCUCACCCACAUAGACCACCUGGCCAAGCAGCUGGAGAAGGACAAGGACCUGGUGCUGGAGACUGCUGACCUGGAACUACAGGAGGCCAAUAAAGAAAUCCAAAAGCAACACCGAGCCUUGGAGGACUUGGAAGAUGUAAUCACAAAGUUAAGAAGGGACCACGCUGAGGGAGACUACGAGAAGGACCGUCUGAGGAACCAGCUGGGGGAGCUCAGGGAGCAGAAUGAGAAGAUGGAGGGACUGAUGAACUUCCUGGAGGAAGAGAAGAGGAGGCUUCAGGACAAACUAGAGAAAAUGACUGAUGCUGAUAAAGAGCUGGUUCUUGAGCUGGAGAGCAUGAGGUCUAAACACGGUGUGUGUGGGAAGGACCGCUCCCCAUCUCGCCUGGACGCAUUUGUCAGGAGCCUGGAAGAGGAGCGGGACUAUUACCGACAGGAGGCUGAGCGCUACCGCAGGGCCAGGGGACCAGGCGUCAUGGACCACACCCCCACCCGCAGCAGCCCAGGCAGGGGCAGGAGCCCCAGGGGGAGAACAGGCUGGCAUGGCAGGGGGGACAAUGUUGAUUUGGAGCUCUCCCGGACAGUGAAGGAGAGAGAUGAGCUCCAGGCUGUACUGCUGGGUUUUGAGCGACACAUGGAGGACAUCCAAACCAACGUCAAGGCCCUUACUGCUGAGCGGGACCAGCUUAGUUUACAGUGCAAAAAGGUUCAGGAGGAGCUGAGGCGGGUCCGUACAGGAUCAGAGCUGUCCACAGAGGUCCUGAGGCUGAAGGAGGAGAGGGAGCAGGCUGAUGCUGUCCUACAAAGGAUCACCUCCGAGAGGGACACACUCCGGGAGAGACUAAAAGUUGCCCAGACCUGUGCUCUCACAGACCGAGAGGAAGAGGAGCGGAGGAUCCUGAACCUGGAAAACACCAUCAAGACUUUGGAGAGGGAGCGUCUGGACUUGCGGUCUCAGGUGUCAGUGCUGAAGGAUGGCAGGGUGGCUAUAGAGGAGGAGCUGAAGGCUCGCUCCACUGCCCUGGUCCACACUGCAGAGGAGACGGCCCAGCAGAGAGCUGAGUCCAGCGCACUACGGCUGUUGCAGGAGCAGAUGGAACAGUCUCUGUUUGACACACAACACAGGCUCUCUGUGAAGACCAACGAGCUCCAUGCUGCCCACCAGCAGAUGGAGAAACUGGAGGAGAAAAUAGCUGAGCUGAGUCGCCAUGGCUCCACCCAGAGAGACGGCGUUACUGUGCUCCAGAAGACUGUCUCUGCUCUGGACAGGGAGAAGGAUGCUCUGCAGGAUGACGUGGACCAGAAGACUGAGAGCCUGGCCCUGCUGCAGGACGAGCUGUCCAGGAAGGAGAAGACACUGGAGGAAGUUAGACUUACUGUUAAAGACAUGGAGAACUCCCUAGAUCAGCUGAAGGGGGCACUGAGCAGCCGUGAGCGGGAGAUAGCCAGUCUACGCAGACAACUUGACUCUGCCCAGGAGGAGCUGUCUGGAGUGGGAAGAGACCGAGAGAUCGCCCUGCGAGAGAACCGGAGACUACAGGAUGACCUAGCCACUAUGACCAGGGAGAACCAGGCUGUGCAUGCCGAGAUGGAAGAGGCCUUGCAUGAGAAAGACGAGCUGAAGAUGAGAGUUCACUCCUACAUCUCAGAAGUGGCCAGGAUAGAGAAUAUAAUGCUUGCGAAGGAGAAGGAGAACAGGGAGAUGCUGGAGCGGUUCCGGAUGGCCCAUGGGGAGUCAGAGGACCGGGAGCUGAAGCUGCAGCACGCUGAGGGCCUCAACAACUCCAUCCGCCUGGAGCUGCUCUCUUCAGACACAGAGAGACGACACCUCAGAGAGACUGUGGGACAUCAGGAGAGAGAGAUCCAGGAGCACAUGAAUGCCCUGCAGGCAUACGAGGCCCAGGUGUCGUCCCUGGCCCGGGGCAUGUCCCGGCUGGAGGAGGAGCUGCAGGCGGCCCGGGGGGAGAAGACUGUCCUGCUGUCUGACCUGGCCUCUGUCAGGGAGCUCUGUGUCAAACUGGACUCAAGCAAAGAGCUCAGCACCCGCCAGCUCACCUCCAAGAGCAUGGAGCUGGAGAGGGUGACAGGAGAGCUGGAGGACGUGCGCUCGGAGGCAGAGCUGAUGAAGAAGCAGCUGGCCAGUGAGAGGCUGACUGUCCGUAACCUAGAGACACUUCUCUCCUCCAAUCGGCAGAAGGAGUUCCACACGCAUUUGAGCGCCAGCGAGAGGGAGUCGGAGCUGAAGGUUCUGCGGGACAGACUCGCCUUAGCUGACAGCAAAACGGCAGGGCAUGCCAGGGAGGUUUCACUACUCCGAGGGAAAGUCUCUCAGCUGCAAACAGAGAUGGACGUGCUGAAGAGACAGCUGACCACUGAGCGCUUUGAGCGUGAGAGGGCUGUGCAGGAGAUGCGCAGGCAAGGUAUGUCUUUCUCCUCACUGCGGAGCUCCUCCCCCCUGAGCAGAUCUCUGAGUCCCCGUCCCCCCUCCCCCCUGAGCAGAUCUCUGAGUCCCCGUCCCCCCUCCCCGGAACGGUCCAUCCUGCGAACUCCAGAGCGCUCUACCGACCGGUCACCAGAGAAGUGAGUUACACUCACAAUACUACAAUUGUGAGCUUUAAGGAGUAGAGACACCCGACAGACAGGGAAAUGAAGGAGCUGGAGUGAGUGCGUGAGAAGCCUGUAAGGGUAUCAGUUUGGACGCAUCACACAAAAGAUUCACACACAACUUAGCAACUCUUGUGUCCAACAAAAAUGCUUCUAAUGGUCUAAAAUGCCACCGUCCUUCUCUAUGAAGGAUGCAAUAACUUGGAUCAAAGUUGAAAUCAUGCCGUCCUCUCACCAAAGAUAAUUCCAGUGCCAAUUGUUUGAAGAAUUUGAUUGUCUAUAUUAUGUUUCUCCAUGGAAAAAAAUUGACUAAUUGAGCUACUAAUAGUAUUGUCAAAUUGAAGUGUACCUUGGAGGUACUGUACAUUUUCUGCUUAUACUUGGGAGAUCCAUAGGUGAUUGGACUGAGAUACUUUUACAAAAUGUAUUUAUAAGAAACUGGACUUGGUUAUUAGACCACUGAUAGGAGAAUAGGUCAUUAGUUCAGCUUUGUGUUCUGUGGUAUUUUUACAUGUUUAAUGUUACAUAUUAUUCCCAUUAUGCCUAAAUUAAUAACUUAUUCCUUCAAAUAAAGUUUUGUACAAACAAAUUCACUGCACUCGUCUGUACCUAACAUCAGAGACAACACAACAGCCUUUAAAUUACCCAUAAGAGAUUUCCAUAAAAGUGUAGAGGAAAAUAUGUUUACAAAAUACAAAUGUGUUAUUGGGGCUUUAAUACUUUGUUGGGUCAUUGUUUGGUUGAAGCCCAGAUGGAGUGCACAGUAAUUAGAGCAAUUGGACAAUAAGUUGAUUCAGUAACAUCCUCUUUCCUUCUAAAAAUACAAUUCCUUUCGAGUUUAGUGGUUUUAU